AUGAGCGCGGAACAACGCCAAGCCACUGGCUCCAGCGCCAAAUCAAAAAAGAGAUGGACCGACCCCGACGAGGACGGGAAGACCGGGGAACCCAAACGCCAGCGGGUUUCCCGGGCCUGCGAUAGCUGCCGCUCGAAGAAAGACAAAUGCGAUGGGAAACAACCAGUGUGCUCGACAUGUGCGUCGCUCUCGCGACCGUGCACCUACAAGGCAAAUCCGAAAAAGCGUGGCCUGCCCACAGGCUACAUUCGGUCCCUGGAGCUACUCUGGGGGCUGGUUUUCCAAAGAAUCCAAGGCAGUGAGGACGUGAUGCGCGCUUUGAUGCGAUCGAUCAAUCUCCCAAGCCAUCUGGCGACAAUGGGUAAAGAAGCGGAGGGGUCAGACGCCUUGAUGGCUUCUUUCAAAAACAGCACAGUGCUCCGAGACAUCGAGCGUAUCCUGGUGAUGCUGGAACAGCCAGAAGAGGAGAGGGACCGGAGCCUGCAGGCUUAUGGAGACGGGGAAACACCGCUCGACGUCGAUUCCAUACUCUCCUCGGCUGAUGCCCAGGAAUGGCAGAUCCCCGAAGGCUUGGAGGCCCGCGAGACACCUUUGCCUGGGAUUUCGCCCAGUCGAACGGCAGCCGGCAUUUCCCCUUUCAAGAAUCCUGCACGAGCUACCAGGGAAUGUGGUGUUCAAACCAUCGAGUCAGACGAUGCACCCUCACCCUCCUUUACUCUCCAACCACAUUACAAUGAUGCUCGAUCGUUGUCAGUGAAAACUCCCCUUCAACUCCCUUACAAUGCAUGGCCGCUCUUCGAUGUCUACUUCUCAUACACACAAUGCUGGUUUCCUAUACUGGAAAAGCACGAUAUCCUUCGUACCGCCUUCCAAUACACCGAAGGCGAUGUCUAUGUCUCACGUUUCGCCCCCGGAUCGGGUGAGCACGCUGCUCUGUGGGCUGUUCUGACUCUCGCGUCACUCCAAGAUGCCUCGAUUACCGCCUUCCGACAGACGGAUGAGCAGCCUAGAGAUCAGCUCACCCCCUCACAAAUGUAUGAUAUCGCUCGCCAGUUGAUUCCCUCUGAGAGUGGCCCCCACGAGAUAGGGCACGUGCAAGCACUCUUGAUCUUGGGGCUGGUUAAAUUUGGACAGCAAGAGUGGACAGCAUCCUGGAUGUUGAUCGGUCAAGCUGCACGAAUCUCUAACACGUUGGGGCUCGAUCAACCUUCUUAUCCGUCGUCAUCCAGGACCGCUGAUCAAGAAAAGCAACUUGCUCGGGCCAAGCAUGUUUUUCUGGGUUGUUUCGUUCUCGAGACCCUGGUUGCCGAGAAAACCUCUCAAUGUCCCUCUCUGCGGCGGGCAGACUUAGCCAGAGUAGGAUCCAUCAACGAGGACGGACUUGAAGAAUGGCAGCCCUGGGAGGAUCAGACUGGCCUGCGGCCCCCACAGUCAUCACGUUCAUCCAUGCAGCGUGGGCCCCUCCACGCCUUGAGCACCUUCAACCGUCUUGUUAGCUUGGUCUCCAUCCUGAACGAGCUCUGCUGUUGCAAAUACGAUCCAACGAUAUCGCGAUCGCAGCUGGAGCAGCUGGAGUUGCAGUUACAACGCUGGGCGACGGCAUUGCCGAAAAGCUAUCGAGUCGACCUCCAAAGUCGGCCUGUGCGCCUCGCUUCGCCCCAUAUCUUCGUUUUGGAGAUGACAUACGAGAGCGUGGCCGUUGCGCUCAGCUCCCAAAUAGCCAUCCGCGAAUGCGAUCAGAACAUAUUGGACCCGCCUCACAAGUAUCGUGCGACCGAAAGUUCAAAACGACUUCUUCAGCUUCUCCAAAUCUACAUGGAAACAUACAGCUUCGCUGCCACACCACCCACGCUCGGCAUGAUGCUCCGAUUUGGUCUCCCGCGAGGACUCUCUCGAGAACUUCCGUCGGACCUGGACAUCGGGCUACGAAACAAAAUCCACACCUUUUCCACUCAUCUUUCUGCGCUGUGGACUAUGGCGGACCGACAGGCUGCUGGUCAAGGUCUAAUCCAGAGGCCUCAGCCUAUGAGCAUAGGCGAGUCCCCGAUGUCACAACACAUGGAGGGCUCCACCAGUGGUGAAAUGUCACUUCCAUUGGGCAUUUCUAUUCCAACCUCACAGCACCUCACACCGGUUGACGGGAAUCCACCCAGCAGCUCCCAUACUACAGCGCCUCCGGACCAAUUCCUCUCCACCCCAUGGCUUCGGGCCACACAGCACAUCGAAGACAUAUCCUUACUCCCCACACCCUCUUCACUCACCUCCGUUGGAGGCCCCGACAUUCCACCCCAGCAGGGACACAUGGCGGCUCCUGUCAGCAGUGGCCUUGCCCAUCCAGCCUCCACGGGAAAAACUCACGGUGGGACAGGCAUGAUCCCACAGCUUUCUCCCACAUACCACCAACACGCCCCAUAUCACCCUAAUGCAUAUCAAGAUCCGUCCCUCGCCCCGGGCUCCUUUGUUGAUAUGGAUGGAUAUGGCGCACCUCGACGCCAGCGGAUCGCCCCCGAUCUAGACGCAUUAUUCGACGAACUCGCAUCUCUCGAUGGUGCUGAAAAGGCCGACAAUCAGCCCGAGUUCAUGCAGAACCUUGGCUUCGUUUCCGACGCGGGCAUCCCCGAACUCUACUCCUUCUCCGGUCAGGUCGAGCCUUUCCUGCUGGCACAGACUCAGCAACUUCCCGGCGACGGUACCCCCUCCGGCGUGCGACGGGAGUCCCAGUCCUUGGGGAUAUCGGGAACUCCCAAACGUUGA